UUAUACGUUACGGAUCGACGAGUUCGAGGAGCGUUGAAGACGAGACCCGAUGAAAAUUUCACGAGCUUCCUCGUUCAGGAUUUACUUCAUCUUUUCGACGUGCAUAUAAAUACGUGUCGGGUGGAAGAAAUACGUAGAUAUAAUCUUGCUCGGAACGUCAGAUCCUUUUCCUUGGAUCGAUCGAUGAUUUAUCUCCUUCCUAUAACGCACUCCUGUUUGUUUGUUCGCUUCUCACAAUUUUCAACCGAAUUUUACGUCAGCGCGAUCUAAUCCGAGCGACGUGUAAUUGGUUAGGCAGAUGCGAUGCGAUUACUUGUUGCUCGUUACGGCGCCCUUUGUUCCCUUGUAAUAUUCUAAAAACAUUUUGCUCGUUUGAGGUUCGCUGGUUUAAUUGCUCCACUUUGUUCGCGGUUCUCGUUAAUAAAGCAGGCACGAAUACAACGCACGAGAUCCUCGCGAACAACGCAUAUCGUUGUCGUUAAAAUUAAUCGAAUCUGGCUUUUCCAGGCCGAAUAGGCGCAGGCACGAUUCCAGAUAGUAUGGCCGAUAUUUUCAUCGAAUUACGUUCAACAAGUGUUCGUUAAAUUUCACUAUUAUUGUAUUAGAGUGUACUUUCUUUUUUACAAUAACAAAUAAAUCGUUAUUAUGUGUUGGUCGCGAAGAAGUUAUAAUUCGUAUGAAAAGAAAAAUACCGAGUUCUCUUCUUCUCUGGUAGAUUUAGUCCAUUGAGGGAAACGGCGAGCAGCACGCGACAGGCUGUCUACGUUGUUUGGGAAAGUAUCUGCGCUCGAUAUAGGUAUUGUAUGUGUAAAGCCUCACAGGCGAAAUAUCGUUUUGCCCGAUAAAAUCGUGUAACGUGUAUGAAAUUGAUACUGCAGAUGGUUGCAGCAGGAAACAAUAUCGCUCCGUUCGUUUAUAUUGUUAAAAGUUAUUGUAUCACAGUUCUAAGUUCCUUAAGCUCUUCUUCGAUAUGGCGUGGAUCGUAGAUAGUUUUUUCGUCAACUUUUCUUCCUCGAUAGUUUGUAAUAUUUCUCGAGCCCCCGAUUGGAAGGCGAAAUUGCAACGAUACACAGAAUGAAAUUUAUCCGAGCUCGAGCAGUGAAAAAGGAAAAGCAAUUCAGCGAGUUCGUUCGUUUCGGAGCAAAUAGAUUACCGUACAGAAGUCGCACGUUAUAAACGCUGGCUGUGGUGUGUGCACAUUCAAGUUUUACAUGUCGAUACAAUAUGACACAAACAGGGUGGGAUCAACGUAACGCGUGAUCGAUCAGUGACGCGUUGAUGAAAUAACCAGCUAAAGUUGACCCUUUCCGCCGUAUCGUAUCAAUGUCACCCGUUCUACAGAUUGAUUUUUCUGCCAAAAUAUUAUCGAAUAAUUUCGAUAAUAUUUGUCUCUUUUCACGUAACAGCGAACAUAAAAAUAUUUGAAUUUCUUUUCCUCCGUACGUUGUAUUCGAUGCGUUGCAAUUUUAUUUUCCGCCCUACUUUUCUGCUUUGCUUCAACUAUAUCCACAGGGACCAAAAUUAUAUCGCGUAAUCGAUCACACCCGGGUGUCAUCGAAUCAACCGAAUGACACAGUUUCCUUGUACCUCGUACCGGGGAUUAAUUUUUCAUCGGGAACACGUGUUCCGUGUAUCAUCCCAUUUUCGUUAUUAAUUCUCCGCUUGUACCGAUGCUAACUCAAACUCGGUUCCGUUUAUCCAAAAAAAUUCCCGGAUUCGUUGAAAUAAAAUCGAACGAAUCUACGUUUCGGUCGAACUUCCGAAAGUCUGUUUCAAUUCCGUCCAUGCGAACUGGACGUCAGUUUACCCUAAGUGGGAAGUUUUCAUCGAAACCUGGUGCGCAUAAAUUAAAAGUUGGUCGAAACGGUGGUAAUAUGAGAAUCGAAAAUAUCCAUGAUACCGGAAGCGGCCGGUUGACCCGAUUGACCCGGUUGCUUCGUUAUACCGUGGCCACUGUUCAAUUUUUCCUCAAAGUCGGUCUAAAUGAAGAUCGAUGAGCGUCCCCAAGCGUUCUCGAAAACGGCCGGAAAUCCAUUCAACUUGCUUGGGAACGCCCCUUCCGUGUUUCACCCUUGGAACAGGUCGAUCGAACAAUUCCCAGGGAAUAUAAAAGCAGAAGUUUUCAUUGUUUGAACCCCUGCUCUUCUAUGCUACCCUCUGUUCGAUCGUUUCGCUGGAUUUCUUUCGCGAAUACGAUUAUCAACGAUCGACGAUUAGAAGAAAGAAUCGUAGUUGGUGUGUGCCACGCUGAUUCGUGUUGUUCGCGUUGCACUCGUGUGUGCAUCGGAAAGAUUCGUACGAGGAUCCUGCUCCUCUGCGAAACCCAUGACGUUUUUGUUGGAGUCGUUGUUGCGCCACCGUAUCCCGAAGAAGCAAAGCUCGAUCGAACGACCAUCGUGAAACACACGAACAACAAACAAAGUUUUCUUUGCAUUUACGCUUCGUGCCCUCGAUUUUAUCCGAAGAGAGUUUCGAACAGAAUACAUAGAACCGCGUAGGAAACACACGAUGGGCCAGCGAAACUUUUUCAGAUAAUACCGUCGAGCCUCCAUCAACGAUCGCGUGAUCAGUCAACAAAGAAAAGCCAUUGAUCUCUACGGACAAAGUGACAAACAGUCGAUCGUGGAGAAGCCAUCGUGAAAGAAGGAGCGGAGAGGAUCGGCGAGUUGUAGCGUGGACACGGUGUUACAGCAUCGAGCGCGGGAAUAGCAACUGUCGUGACGAUAAAUCGGCACAAGUGCGGGGUUGGAUGUUAUCGAGGUUGGUGUCGCGCGGGUGAAAAGCGAAGAACCGGUGAACGGAAGAGGACUCGAUAAGCGAAUCGGAGUAGGGGACUAUGAGCAACUCCGGAGCUAUUCCUCUGAUCUUGGUGAAGAAGGAGCAGCUCGUCGAAGGCGAUGGCGGCGGCACCGGCGGAGAUGGCGACUCCAUGGUGGGCGGCGGUAAUUCCGAGAAGAAGACGGAAUACGAGACGAAUCUCUUCCUCUAUAGCGAAGAGAUGGAAGUCCGCCCUCGAAUCUCUACGCUCCUCACCCGCCUGUCGGAUUACAGCAACACGAUUCCAGCUGCAACCGAUCCGGACGCCAAACCUUCGCCUGUUCAAAGUGGAGCACGAAUGGGUACCUUGAUCGGUGUCUUUUUGCCCUGCAUCCAAAAUAUCUUCGGUGUUAUUCUCUUCAUUCGUUUGACUUGGGUCGUUGGGACGGCAGGCGCCAUUCAAGGUUUCUUCAUCGUGCUAUGUUGUUGCUGCGUGACAAUGCUGACCGCCAUCAGCAUGAGUGCCAUCGCGACCAAUGGUGUGGUACCAGCCGGAGGAUCCUACUUCAUGAUAUCCAGAAGUUUAGGACCAGAAUUUGGUGGUGCUGUGGGAAUGCUCUUCUACACGGGUACCACCUUAGCUGCUGCCAUGUACAUUAUCGGUGCUGUUGAAAUUGUCUUGACUUACAUGGCGCCGUCGCUCAGUAUAUUCGGUGACUUCACCAAAGACCCAAGCAUCAUGUAUAAUAACUUCCGAGUAUACGGGACGUGUCUACUUAUGGUAAUGGGCACCAUCGUGUUCAUCGGCGUCAAGUUCGUCAACAAGUUCGCCACGGUCGCCCUAGCCUGCGUUAUCCUCUCCAUCGUGGCCGUCUAUGUCGGCUUAUUCUACAACAUCUACGGCAACGAGUCCCUCAAGAUGUGUAUUCUUGGCAAGAGGUUGUUAAAGGAUAUCAAUGUACUGACCGAAUGCAAUAAAAACGUCAGCGGAGUUCUUCAUCAAAUUUACUGUGGAAACAGCACUACCAAGUGUGAUCCUUACUACGUGGAAAAUAAUGUGACUAUCGUGAAUGGGAUUCGCGGGUUGGCCAGUGGUGUAUUUUUAGAGAACAUAUGGAACAGUUUCCAAGACGAAGGCCAAUUGAUUGCCUAUGGAAAAGAUCCCAAGGACAUGGACCAAAUGGCUACGUCUUCGUAUAACCAGAUCCAGGUCGAUCUUACCACUACCUUCACCAUUCUCAUCGGUAUCUUCUUCCCUUCGGUCACAGGAAUCAUGGCUGGUUCCAAUAGAUCGGGUGACCUCGCAGACGCUCAGAAAUCUAUUCCCAUCGGCACUAUUUGCGCCAUUUUGACAACCUCGACAGUGUACCUAUCCAGUGUCUUGCUUUUUGCCGGUACGGUAGAUAACCUUCUACUUCGAGACAAGUUUGGACAAAGUAUCGGUGGCAAACUGGUGGUAGCGAACAUGGCCUGGCCCAAUCAGUGGGUCAUCUUGAUCGGCUCCUUCUUAUCCACCCUCGGUGCUGGUCUCCAAUCUUUAACAGGCGCUCCGCGAUUGCUUCAAGCCAUCGCCAAGGAUAGUAUCAUUCCUUUCUUGACUCCCUUCGCCACCAGCUCGAGUCGCGGAGAACCUACGAGAGCUCUGCUAUUGACGAUCAUCAUCUGUCAGUGUGGCAUUCUCCUUGGCAACGUCGACUACUUGGCUCCCUUGCUAUCCAUGUUCUUCCUGAUGUGUUACGGCUUCGUGAACCUGGCCUGCGCUCUACAGACUCUUCUCAGAACACCAAAUUGGAGACCAAGAUUUAAAUACUACCACUGGAGUCUUUCAUUCCUCGGUCUGUCCCUCUGUAUCGCCAUCAUGUUCAUGACCAGCUGGUACUAUGCUUUAUUGGCCAUGGGAAUGGCUGGGUGCAUUUACAAAUAUAUCGAAUACUGCGGCGCUGAAAAAGAAUGGGGUGACGGGAUCCGUGGUCUGGCUCUAUCCGCCGCUCGUUAUUCUCUUUUAAGAUUAGAAGAAGGACCACCUCAUACGAAGAACUGGCGGCCACAGAUUCUCAUCUUGGCCAAACUGACGGACGAUCUGGUGCCCAAGUAUCGCAAGUUAUUCGCGUUUGCCAGUCAGCUGAAGGCUGGUAAAGGUCUCACGAUCUGCGUCAGCUGCAUUGGCGGAGAUUACAUUCAAAACACUGGUAGGAUUCUGGCUGCAAAGGUGAAUCUGCGCAAAACGAUGGGAGAGGAGAAGGUGAAAGGAUUCGUGGACGUAUUGGUUGUCAGGGACGUUGUCGAUGGACUUAGUUCUUUGAUCCAAACGACUGGAUUGGGUGGAAUGAAGCCUAAUACCGUGAUCCUUGGCUGGCCCUAUCGCUGGAAACAGUCGCAGGAGGAAAGGAAUUGGAGGGGAUUCUUGCAGACCGUCAGAGCAGUCGCGGCAGCCAGGAUGGCUCUUUUGGUGCCUAAAGGAAUUAACUUCUUCCCUGACUCGACGGAGAAAGUGGUGGGAAAUAUCGAUGUCUGGUGGAUCGUUCACGAUGGUGGUCUCUUGAUGUUGUUACCAUUCCUGCUGAAGCAACAUCGCACAUGGAAGAAUUGCAAAAUGAGGAUUUUCACCGUAGCACAGAUGGAGGAUAAUUCUAUCCAGAUGAAGAAAGACUUGAAGAAGUUCCUAUACGAUUUGAGGAUCGAAGCUGAGGUGGAGAUCGUUGAGAUGAUGGAUUCCGACAUAUCGGCGUACACGUACGAGCGAACCUUGAUGAUGGAGCAGAGGAACCAGAUGCUGCGGGAGUUGCGGCUGAACAAGAAGGAGUCCCUAGGAGUGGUGCAGACAUUGGUGGACUUCAACGAGGUACCCGCUGAAGAAAAUUUACCUCUGGUACAGGCGAUCGUGGACCAUCACCACAAUGUUGACGUGAAGAUUGCCACCAAGGUGAGAUUCCAAGAGCCUGGAAGCCAAAAUCCAAACGCGGUGGACGAGGCGCAGGAGAAACUGGUGCAAGAGACGGAGGCGAGUAAAGAGGGAGAGCCAGGAGAAGUUAACGAAACCGGAGAGGAAGCCAAGGAGGUCAACGAGGAGGAAGCAAAAUUAAUUGGUGGAUCGCCGAAACAGGAGAACAAGGAUAACACGGAAAACACGGAGAAAGAAGCAAAAGAAAACGAGGAGAAGAAAACUGAUAGCCCGGAGUCUAAGAAACCUGCAAUUACACCGGACGAGGGCAACGUAAGACGUAUGCACACUUCCAUCAAACUGAACGAGGUGAUCGUAAAGAAGAGCAAAAACGCUCAGUUAGUCAUCCUGAAUCUUCCUGGACCACCAAGGGACACCUCAGUGGAACGUGAAUCAAACUACAUGGAAUUCCUAGAGGUUCUUACCGAAGGUCUGGAGAGGGUGCUGAUGGUGCGUGGUGGCGGACGAGAGGUUAUCACCAUCUACUCGUGAACUAGAUCGGCUGCAAUCGAAGUAAUCGCCUCGCGACAGCGGAAAUCUAGUUUAAUUCUGAAAGACCUAAACGACUUCAUCCUACGGAACACGUUGCUCUUGUGCCAUUGUCUGAGCAGUCACUUGCGUUGCGCGUUGUGAACACACAUUCAUACACACACACACAGUAAUAGCCCGGCUAAUCGGAUGAAAAGUACUGGAUACAGAUCAACGACGCUGUUUCCGCGGAUACCAAACCGGGCACCAACGUACCCGCUUCGAGAACGUUAGUUGUUAUACGGUAAAGAAUAGAAAAGAAACUGACCCUCGACGAGAAGGCCAAAAGUGACAUGCCAAAGGAUAAGAUAAAUUCCUUCGAAUGAAUUUCACGCGUAAACUAGGAAACGUAGGAUCUAUCUUAUUUUACACUCGUCCCUUUUCUCGAUGAGGCUAGAGACUUUAAAAUACAAAAAGUGGUUUUUAUCCGUGUCACACGUGUUACACGUGCGACCACCCAACAGACAGUUAGCACAGAGGGCUGCACACAGAGCAUACUUCGACCUUGACAUUAUACAAUCGGAUUCUCAAAACAGUGUUUCAGAGAGGAAAGAUAGAAAAACAAAGCGGAGCGUAUUUUUACGUCGCUAAGACAACGUUUCGAUCUUCAAUCGACGGAAACCAAGGAAAUCGAAAGGGAAAUACGGAAGGUCGAAUCAAAGAAGAGACAGAUACGUCUCGAGAAUAAAGAAACAAAAGUAUAAUUCACUACGAUACGACUCCGACGAUUAUAUUCCCAUUUGAAACUGAAAUCAAAAUUUUUGGUCCGAGGCUAAGAUCGAAGCAUCUACGAAAACCACUGCCAGAAUACUUUCUAAAUGCUUCGCGUUUAACCAAAGACGCGAGAGGCUCAUUUUUCUACACGCAUUGUCGUUAUAGAGAGUAUAAUAGAUAUGUAUAAUUCUACUGCUUAUAGAUGAACUUAGGGUAGCCUAGGAUAGCGCGGUGAAGUACGCCGACGAGCAGUGGCGCCUGCGUUUGCGCGAAUAUCCGCGCGCGUUUUGCGCCUACGUGGCGAAAGUUAGGACGAACGUUGCCAGCGUUGAACGAUUUUAUGCGGACGCAGAACUGAAAAUGUAUCUGAAAAUGUGACAAAGAGAAUGUGGCAAAUCCAUAUCUUAAUUAAUGAAAUAAAUAUUAUUGAAAUUAACCACACUAUUGUCAAAGAAAUAGUAACAAAUUUUUGACGUAUAAAGAAAAGUACGUCACUGCCAGAAAAAAAAAAAAGAAUAUUCUCCAAACUGUUAUUUAAGAUUGUGUACAAGUAUCAAUGGUAACGAGAUCGAUGCAGAAAAAGAAGUUCAGACUUUCGGUGUGUUAGAAACAAAGUAUAGUGCUAAGGUAUUCUUGAAAUUACUAAUUUAUAUCACUUAACAUCGAUACGACGUCAGGAUUCUAAUAGCAAUACGAGUUCACAGUUUACUUAAAAUUACGAAUCCGUAUCACUACAUCGCUAUGAAACAUAGAUCUACUUACGAUUAAAGAAUUCUAACGCUAAAUGUCCUAAGGAAAGUAUAUAUAUACAUAUAUAUACAUUAUAUAUAUAUCUAUAUAUAAUAUAUAUAUAUAUAUCGCGAAAUCUUUUUCGAGUUAUUAAUUCGUAUUCUUCGUAUCGAUAUUAACACGAGGAAUUAGCAAUAGUAGUACUAUCCAUAGAGUUGAAGUUUCUUAAUGUACUACAAAGAAAAAAAAAAAAUAUUCCGCGAAAGUCUUAAGACAUACUAAUCUAUCAUAGAUGAUCGAUGUAACAUCAGUGAUUGAUCUAUAGCACUAGAAUCCAAACUUUAAAUGAUAAAACGGAUCUAUUAAAUGCAUCGGUAAACCUAAAACGUUAGCAAUAAAUUGCUAGCACAAGGACGCACAAUGUGAGCAUCAAUGUGAAGAAAAAAUUUCUCUUUUCAUUCAUCGUUUUAUAUAUAAUACAUAUCUAUACAUAUAUAUGUAUGUAUAUAUAUGUAUAUAUAUAUGUAUAUAUUUCACUAUACUAAAUCUGAAAACUGUUCGGCACCUCGACAUUGCGUCCCCAUAAAAGUUCAAACCGUAGCGUUUACUUCCAACUAGCGCCGCGAACGACAAACGGAGGAAACACGGCGAGUAUUCACGCAUCUCCUACCUACAGGACUGAAAUUCGUUCUUUCCAUUGUACUUCUCAACCUCUUGCGCGUUGAAAUCUUCGUCUAGGUUCGCGUUUACACUGUCCAAGGCCUACCGGUUCGAUUCACGGCUCUAGUACGUCUAUGUAAGUAUGUAAAGGGAGUGCAUUCGUGCGUGCGCGUCUUACGCGUGUAACCAUCACGGUGAUAACCUUAAAAAGAAGAACGCGUUCACGGUAUCGCCUGCAUAGAGUCACAGAAUGAACGAACGGUGAAUGCCAAAAAUAAAUGAGUCACAUUUUUCGCGAGGAUCUUUAACCGACUUUCAUCAAAGGAUAGCGUGUAGCGUUGUAAUCUGUCGCAUUUAAGUGUCGUGUGCAUGUCACAUUUCAUACGCGGCGCGAAAUUCUGCCGUAUCUCAUUUUUAGAUAGGCACUAUCUAUGUAUAUGUAUAUAUAUACAUAUAUAUAUAUAUACACAUGAAUAUAAAUAUACUUAUAUGUACAUGACGUAUAGUUUAUCUACAAAAUAAGAGAAAGAAAAAGUUGACGAACAAAAAUCUUUUAAAAAAAGAGUGGAGUAAUCACGUUCGAGUGUGCAACUUUUACUAUGCUCGUCAAUACACACUAUGUCUACUUAAUUGAAAGCCGCAGACAAAUCGCGGUUCCGGAUGAUGUUUAUCGAAACAAGAGAGUCGAGCACUCGACGAACCUUCAUAAUCACUUACAGUCGGCUAGGACACAAUGCAUGGAAGUUAUACUGUUCUUUUCUUCGUUCGUUACGUUUGACGCUGUACAAGUAUUUUAAAGAAUGAAUUGAGGAUUUUCGUAUUCAUGUAAUCGGAUAAUGAGGAAUAUGAUAGCGUCCUACGAGUUUUUAUUUCAUUAAUAUGAACGACAUAUGUAAUCUUAUUGGUUGACUGUUGCAGCCUACUGCAUCGAUCUGAUAAUCCAUAAAAUCGUAUUUACCAGCAAAUGAAUUUAUUGUUAGAAUGGGACCGAAAUGAGCGAGAUUUUUUUAUUGUCCAUUCUUAAGCCUGAACUAGUUUUUGAAACAUUUUGUAUACAGACUCAAAUAUAAAGUCGUCGAAAGAAACAUAAAGAUUUAAGAAAAAAAUGGAACAAGCGAAAUUACCAGGCCUAUAUCUAAUAUGUAAAAGAUUUAGAGAACCAAAUUAGAUACGUUAAUUGUACGAGAGCGUCACGUAUAAAAAUGAAAUACGUUUCUUUAUCUACCUCAUCGUCAACAUGCGUUGAAUCAAGUGAGAAAGGAAAGAAGAAGCAGUUCCAAGAACCAAUAGGACUGUUUCCAAUUGCGAUGAAGAAAAGAAAGAAAAAAUGGAUAGUCCAUAGCCGAUGGACGAGAAAAGACGGCGAAGGUUCGUGAGACGCUCCCUCUGUCUCUAUGUAUCGUCCACAAUGUUGUGACAUGUACUUUCUAAUUUUAAUACGUUACUCACUUGUCGAUUACCAUAUAUUUUAUGUGUACUUGCCUAUCUGAUAGGCAUCGGCACCGCAUAGUUUAUACGAGACGUGUUGACUAUGAGAAAAGUUUAUCGCGAGAGUAGAGAAUGGAAGUCAAAGAAAGAUAAUAACAGUGAAAGAGGAGGAGAAUUAUAAGAGAGAAAAAAGGGAGAUAAACGGUAAACGUGUUGUAUAUAAAUAGGGGUAGACUUCAGGAGAAAGAGAAAGCGAAAAAUGAAAAAGUGAUUGGUAUGGAUCUAAGAGACAUGGUUCAAAUAGAAAUAGAAAGAAAACAAGAGAGAGGAGAAACAUCUUUUUCAUAGAUCAAACAGUAUUGCAGCGUAUUCUGCUGUCGCUUUAAUAUUUUACUAUGUUGUAUUUACUGGAAAAUGCACAAUUGACCAUAUGGACACGGACAUACAUAUGUACACGUUACGUAAGCAUAAGAAGAGAAAGAAAAUAUUAAGGAAGGAAGAAUAUAUAUAUUAUAUAUAUGGAAAAGAAGUAUAUGGAUAUAUAUAUAAACCUGCGAGCUUGGCAUUUGUCGGAGAUUUAUCGUGUGUCGUUGUAGCGAUGCGGUUCGUUGUGAACGGGCCCCGCGUCUGGUUUAAAUCACCUCUAGGCUGUGAGAUGCGAGCUAAGCAGCAGAGAAACUUGCUCGAGACCUCAAUCAUAUGUGUCAAAUCAAGCGUCAGAUACUAUAUACAUACGUAUAUACUUUUAAAUCUUAAUAUCUCGUUUAAAAAAAAGGGGAAAAAAGAAAAAAAAUACACCGAAUCUAGCCCUCUUAAAGAAAAAAAGAAACCAAAGUCUACUCUCGCUCGUGGCGACACCACUUAGUUUUUUCUCCUCACAUACACAACAUACACACACAUGCGUAUACACAUACAUACACAAAUUUAGAGUUCGAGUUACAAGAAGCGAAAAAAACAAACAUUAAGAAAAAGAGAAAAAGAAGAAAAAGAUGUAUAAAAGCGUAAGAGAGGAACUGCGUGCUUCCGAUACACGAAGCGGAAGUUACACGUUAGCCGUUGAAGAGCAAAUGACAAAGGAAAGAGAGGAUAUGGAAGAGGGAAAGAGAGUGCGAGAUGGUGCAUUAUAAAAUGAAUAUAUGUAUAUAUAGAUAUGCACAUAUACAGAUUCUAUACAUAUGUGUAUAUAUGUAUAUAUGUAUAUAGGAAAGAAAUAUAAGAUAUAUUUGUAGAUACAAACACUUUAGCCAUCUGGUUAGCAUAUGUAAUAGAGUCAAUACUGUGAAAAAAAUUACCUAUAACUUUACCCCCUAUACCCUUUUAGAUUAUAGACGACGAUGAGUACUUGUAAUUAACUUAUGGAAGAUGAAGUAUAAUGAAUGAAGAAACUAUAUCUGCGAUCAGAUCGAUUCAAUAAAUAAACGACAUACACCUA